AUGGGCUGUUGGCCUGCCCAGCCCACCCUUAUGUUUGACCUGAAAACUUCAGACGAUCCUCAUUCCAUGGCAGUCCGAACCCAGAAGCAACCUGAAGCCACGUUCCCAGUUUUGUCCCUGGUUUUGCAUACGGUGCCUACCCCAGUUCUCUCUCUCUCUCUCUUGAGAGAUUACAUCAGAACGUCGAACGGGGAGGUUUUCGCUGUGGAAGGUUAUUUUUUGGGACAAAACAAAGCGUUCAACCUUAGGAAUUCACGCUUUUUUUCACUGAUCUGGUACCGGUACCCUCCGUUCUUGACAUUUGAUCAACAAAAGAUGAUUGACGAUCGACAGCUGGGAUUGUUCGCCAACUUUCUUGGCAUUUUUAUAUUUGUUUUGGCAAUUGCUUACCAUUAUGUGAUAGCCGACCCGAAGUAUGAAGGCAACUUAAACUUUAUGAUGGACUGGAUUGCAAAGAUGCCUGAAAGACAGUCUGCUUGAAGAGAAUUAAGAUGGUAUCGGGAAGACCGGUAAUGUUAUGGUCAUCUCCUUUGGGAUGAUUAGCCCCAUCUAUGUCAGUGGCUGGUCCAAGGACAAAUGACAUAUAACUUGUGAACUAUAUUUGAAUGCAAUGUAAUGUAUUUUUGAAGGAUGUUAAGGCAAUUGCAAGGACUAAUUGUCAAUCAUGGGAAAGACUACAUAAUUGACACGGUAUCAUACCAAAAAUCAUAAUUUUUUUAGGAAAAGUUGUAAUUUUUUUAGGUACAAGUUAUGGUUUGUAUAAAAUAUAAUG